CUGACAAGUCCCAACUUCAUUCCGAGUGACAAUGAGAGAGUGACAGGAGCAGGGGUUCACCGUAAUAUCCGGAAUCUUAGCACAACAGGUGUACCUGGAGUUCCCUGGGGACCUGAGACGCUCAGGUGUUUAGUCCUAACAACAAUCUCAAUGCCCCAAUGGCGACUCACUACAUCACCCUAGGGCAAUGCCACCUGCUACUGACUCUUCUCCUUUGCUUGGGUACACACAGGAUCAUUGCUCAGAAUCCAUCUGAUGUUACAAAUGUAAACACAACUGACAUAACGGAUAACUCCUUUACUGUGUCCUGGACAGCUCCCAGUGAUGGGGGUAUUACCAACUACACUGUGAUUCUUAAUAAUGGCGCCAACAUAAUAAAUGAGACCAAUACAACUACAACUAUAUACGAAGCUAGUGGUUUAUCUCCUGGAGUCACCUAUACUAUAACAAUACGUGCAUACAAUGCCACUGGCACCAGUAGUGGUGUCCUCUACAAUAUAACUACCUUACCCUCUCCUGCCACGGGCUUGGAGGUAUCUUCUGAAUCAAACGAUUCUGUGACCCUCAGUUGGAUGUUCCCCUCUGACUCCAAUAGCAACUCCUACAACUAUACUGUGUCUGAUGGAGUAACAAACCAGACCGUUCACGGGACAAACACCGCGACGAUCCAGAACCUAAAACCAGGAACGGAGUACAACUUUACUGUCUAUGCAGUCACCCCAAAUGGAGUACAGAGCAAACCAUCUAACGUUGUUACUGCCACAACACAACCAAACACUGUCCAAGGAGUGACCAUAUUGACUAAAUCGGAGACUACAGUGACUCUCCAGUGGACUCUCUCUCAGGACCCUAAUAAUAAUACAUAUACUUACACUGUGGAAGUUCGAGGACCAAAUGUCUCCAACCUUUUAAAUACAACAAGCAACAGUGAAGUUGUGAGAGACCUAUUGCCGGGAGUAAACUACAACUUCACAGUCUUUGCAGUUACUAAGAAUGGAGUACGUAGUCAGCCAUCAAUAACUGUGACUGCAACAACAGUACCCUCUCAUGUCACAGACUUGAAGGUAACUUCUAUAUCAAGCGAUUCUGUGACCCUCAGUUGGAUGUUCUCCUCUGACUCCAAUAGCAACUCCUACAACUAUACUGUGUCUGAUGGAGUAACAAACCAGACCGUGCACGGGACAAACACCGCGACGAUCCAGAACCUAAAACCAGGAACGGAGUACAACUUUACUGUCUAUGCAGUCACCCCAAAUGGAGUACAGAGCAAACCAUCUAACGUUGUUACUGUGACAACAAACCCGAACAUUGUCCAAGGAGUGACCAUAUUGAAUGUGUCAGAGACUACAGUGGCGCUACAGUGGAAUCUCUCUCAGGAUCCUAACAGCAAUACAUAUACUUACACUGUGAACGUUCAAGGACCAAAUGUCCUCAACAUUUCAAAUAUAAGAAGCAACAGUGAAGUUGUGAGAGACCUAUUGCCGGGAGUAAACUACAACUUCACAGUCUUUGCAGUUACUAAGAACGACAUAUAUAGUCAGCCAUCUAAAACUGUGACUGCAACAACAGUACCCUCUCCCGUCACGGACCUGAAGGUAUCUUCUGUAUCAAGCGAUUCUGUGACCCUCAGUUGGAUGUUCCCUUCUGACUCCAAUAGCAACUCCUACAACUAUACUGUGUCUGAUGGACUAACAAACAAGACAGGUGCAGCGGCAAACUCUACGGAGAUCCAGAACCUAAAACCAGGAACAGAGUACAACUUUACUGUCUAUGCAGUCACCCCAAAUGGAGUACAGAGCAAACCAUCUAAUGUUGUUACUGCCACAACACAACCAAACACUGUCCAAGGAGUGACCGUAUUGAAUGUGUCAGAGACUACAGUGACUCUCCAGUGGACUCUCUCUCAAGACCCUAAUUAUAAUACUUAUACUUACACUGUGGAUGUUCAAGGACCAAAUGUCUCCAACCUUUUAAAUACAACAAGCAACAGUGAAGUUGUGAGAGACCUAUUGCCGGGAGUAAACUACAACUUCACAGUCUUUGCAGUUACUAAGAAUGGAGUACGUAGUCAGCCAUCAAUAACUGUGACUGCAACAACAGUACCCUCUCCUGUCACGGGCUUGGAGGUAUCUUCUGUAUCAAACGAUUCUGUGACCCUCAGUUGGAUGUUCUCUUCUGACUCCAAUAGCAACUCCUACAACUAUACUGUGUCUGAUGGAGUAACAAACCAGACCGUGCACGGGACAAACACCGCGACGAUCCAGAACCUAAAACCAGGAACGGAGUACAACUUUACUGUCUAUGCAGUCACCCCAAAUGGAGUACAGAGCAAACCAUCUAACAUCGUUACUGUGACAACAAAACCAAACAUCGUUCAAGGAGUAACUAUAUUGACCGUAUCAGAGACUACAGUGACUCUCCAGUGGACUCUCUCUCAGGACCCUAAUAAUAAGACAUAUACUUACACUGUGGAUGUUCAAGGACCAAUGUUCUCUAACAUUUCAAAUGUAAUGGGCAACAUUGAAGUUGUGAGAAACCUAUUGCCGGGUGUGGACUACAACUUUACAGUCUUUGCAGUUACUAAGAAUGGAGUAAUUAGUCAGUCAUCUAUAACUGUGACUACAACAACAAUGCCAAAUGCACCAGGAAAUCUUCAAGGAAUUGCAGUUAAUGUCUCUGAAAUAUACAUAAACUGGACGGCGCCAAAUGAUGUUAAUAAAAAUUUAUAUGACUACAAGGUGACAUGGGUAGAUGCAGAGGCAAUACAGAACAUUGCAUCUUACACGACUAAGGACACUUUUUUCUACACAACAAGCCUUUUUCCGGGACAUCUUUACAAUAUAACCGUCAAAUCCGUGAUCAAAAACACUGCAAGUGUUAAUGCUGAAAUAUACACAGCAACCCAACCAAUUUCUAUACAACGUCUUAGUGCCAGUGAAGUAAAUAACACCAGCGUCACGCUAUCAUGGAUUAUACCUACUUAUCCUAAUAGUGUUAAAACAGGAUAUAGAGUCACUGUCUAUUUAAAUGGAAAGAACAUUUCAGAAGUGGAAACUACUGAUGAAAAAUAUGUUGUAAAUAAUUUGGAACCCGGAAAUGUUUACCGCAUCAGUGUUGAAAGUUAUGUACGGUACCCGAAGCCCGGAAUUACUGCCCGUACGAGUACAACGGAUAACUACAUUACUUCAUACAGCAUUCCAUCCUUAAUUGAGAGUGAAACAGACCCUGAUCCCGUCAACGACCUCAAAUGUUCUAAAAUGGAUGCAUAUCAGAUAAAAGUUGAAUUUAUGUGCCCUCGUGGGAAUUAUUCUACUUUUAAGGUGUUGGUAAAUGAUCUCAUCAACAAUGAAGUAAACACCUGCAUAGAUAAUGUUGUAGUAUCCAACCUACAACCCGCUGCCAGUUACAAAAUAAGGGUGAUGACUAUAGCUACAGCAAAAAAUUCCUCCACAGUCUACAUAAUCUGUUCUACUGACAACACAGGAGUCAUUGUUGGAUCAAUAUUUGGCGUCUUACUAUUCAUUCUGCUUAUUGCACUCAUAGUUUUCCUUGUUUUAAGAAGCAGAAGGUUAAAGAAUCGUAGUGAAAACAUACCAACUACCUUUACCGGACAAAGAAGAUUUCACACUAUUCCAAGAGAAAAGUUCAAACAGCAUUAUGAGAAUAACCAUGCGGACAGUGACUUUGGAUUUGCAGAAGAGUAUCAGGAGCUCAGCUCAGUUGGAACCACGCAGUCAAAAAGAGCAGCGGAACUGCCAGACAACAGAGCCAAGAACCGUUUUACCAAUGUCCUUCCAUAUGAUCACUCAAGGGUUAAACUGUCUAUUGUGAAUGGAAUACUAUCAACUGAUUACAUCAAUGCUAACUACAUGCCGGGUUACAAUUCCAACAAAGAAUUUAUUGCCUGCCAAGGUCCUUUACCGAAUACUACUGCUGAUUUCUGGAGGAUGGUUUGUGAGCAUCAUGUGAACACAAUAGUAAUGCUGACCAACUGUAUGGAGAAUGGUCGGGUAAAAUGUGAACAUUACUGGCCACUGGAUUAUACCCCAUGUACUUAUGGAGACCUAACAGUCACUGUUACAUCAGAAACCAUCUUGUCUGAAUGGACAAUACGAGAUUUCUCUGUCAAACACGCUACUCAACCAGGCAUAAAAUAUGUGCGCCACUUUCAUUAUACUGCAUGGCCUGACCAUGGGGUACCAGAUUCCACUUCAUCCAUCAUGCAGUUCCAUAAUCUUGUUCGAGAGUACAUGGACCAGCGAAAGAGCAAUGGACCAACAGUUGUGCAUUGCAGUGCUGGAGUGGGCCGAACUGGAACUCUUAUUGCUUUGGAUUAUCUAAUCCAGCAGAAUGAGAGGGAACACCGGAUAGGAGUUUAUGGCUUUGUUGAAAAAAUGAGAAUGAAUCGUAACUUAAUGGUACAGACAGAGGCACAGUAUAUAUUCCUCAAUAAAUGUAUGUUGGACUUGAUUGAUCAACCUGAGGAUGAACAUAUCUAUGAAAAUCACACUGGAAAUGAACUUGUCUAUGAGAAUGUCUCUGCAAUUAGAAAUCUCCAUAGAGAAAAUGCCUAAUUUAGAAAAAGUAGCCACUGGAGCUGCAUAAGUAUAAGGACUUUCACUUGUGCGUGCCUUUCUCUGGACAGUUUCUUCUGCUCCGUUGUUAUUUCAUGAACUUUGUGUAUGAAGCCUAUGCACUUGUUGUCAGAAGUGAGAUGCUGAGCAUCCCUACGUGCUUAGGCACUCUCAUUAUAUGGAUGCUGCACUACACUCCCUGGAAUAUGUUGACACAACCAUCCUAAAGUUGUUUCUGCUAUAGACUGACAAUAGUAGAGAAAUGUCUGACGUUUCCUUGUACUGGAAAAUGUGCCAUAAAAUGACGACUUCCAAAAACCCUUUGAACAGGAUGAAGAAUGAGUCUAUGAAGUAUAUGGCACACAGUUUAUUGAUUUCUGUAUCAUUUUAAAGAAUAUAAGGGGGGGAAAGAAAUAAUUUAGCUUUCCCUUUUCCUGUGUAAAAAUCACAAUCUGCUAACCGUUCAGUGGAUACAGUUUGCAGGAACAAGAUGCUGUAACAUUGACUUUUAUGAGAUGUUUAUUUACAUUUAGCUUUAAACUGUUUUUUUUUUUAGAUCAAAUUGUAAAGAUCAAAAUGUCUUAGUGUAAUUCAGAAGAGAAAGCGAAUCCGUCAGCAGUUCCAUAAUUUGCACUUUUAUAGAUAUAGUUUUAAUGACUUUUGUUCUUGAUUCAGGCAAUGACAUGAAAAGCUCAUUUUUGGAGAGCUGAUUUUAAGAAUUGCUGUAAUUUAAUAUAUAACUAAUAUGCAAAAUGUAUUUUUAUAUAAUGCACUGAAGAAAUAAUAAGCCUUGCUCAGUGCAGCUGUACAUUUCUUUCGUAUUGAUUAUAUUGUAAGCUGUCUAUUAUACUGCAACCACUGCAUCUGUAGAAGAUUUCAUUAUAACUACAUGGUUGCUUUCCUCCAUAAACAGCGAUGUGCCGGUCUACAGAAUGUGUCUGGUGUUGAUUUCAUCAGAACUAAACUGCAAUAUCAGACACAGCCCAUUAUGGCCAUGGAAUUCUAGUCAAAAUCCCACAAACAGCGGGCACCAGAAGAACAUGCCAGCGCUAGGAACAUUUAAAAAUAGACAGCAAUGCAUUCCCAAGCGGAUUCUGCAGAAUGAAUUGAUAUGUCAAUUCUUCCUGCAAAGGCUGGUAUCGGAAUUUCCACGGCUGAUGUUUCUGCCGGAUUCCACAUAGAAGUUCUGCUUUGUGAGCAUGGGUUAACAGGUGUGGUGCAUUUUCUUGAGGAAAACCAGCAACCAUUUUUUUAAAUUCCUACUCAAAAAGAUAUACAAAAUCAAAUGGGUAUUCCCAACUUGCAAAGUUAUCCCCUAUCCACAGAAUACAGGAUAAGAAGCUGAUCGUGUUGGCCUUUUAUUGAUCAAAAGAUAGAGAAAAACUGUCACAAUAAUGCAUGGAGAGCACCAUGCAUGAGUGGCUAGUGCUCCAUUUUAUUCUUUAUUGGGCUUCUGGAUAUUGCCAAGCACUCAUCGAUAGGGGAUGACUUCAUGGGUUACGAAUUCCCUAAUUAAGGGUUGAUCGGGAAACAGAAAAGCUCCUAACUGUUCUGUUCCCUCUGCCUUCCAAGAUGAGAGAGAGAAGCUAUGAAAAAUUGCGCACAUGCAGUGUCCAGUUGCUGCAGGAUGUCACCGCAAUAUCCUGCAGCUAUUGGUUAUCGUGUGACUGGUACCUGCCCCCUGUCUUGUUGUCUUGGUAGGUAUAUUUCAGGGAUGUGCAGAGGGUGGAAGUAAGCACUGGGGAGCAGAACAGUAAGACCUUUUGUUCUCCCUGGACAAUCUCUUUAAAGCUCCAGCUUAAACAUCAUGAAGAGUUGAUUGGUCAGAGUAUGGGUAUAUAGACCCCCACCGAUCGCUACAAUGAGCUAGGAGAAGCAUGCAGCUAAGCACUUCUAUUCCCAUCUCACUAGUCUCUUCAAAAGAUAGGCUCCAAAAACUUACUAUAGAGCUUGCACAGUAACAAUCAAGACAGGGAGAGAAGAGCUUAGCUGAAUGCUUCUCCUGCCUUAAUAUGGUGAUUGAUGAGGGCCUAAACACCCAGAUCCAACAGAACAAAACUUAUGACACGUUGUCUGACUUGUCAAAAGUUUUUUUGAGUGACAGGGACACUUUAAACUGAAACACACCUUUAAAAGGGACAUAAUUAUCAGAAAGGGACAUAUGUUUUAAGCAUAUAUUUUAUAUUUUUGACAGUAAAUAUUUUUAUUUUCUUCUGCUUUUGAAUGUUAAAAUAAAUAUGAAAUACCGGUAUUUCAGAUUUCACGCGUGCUGACAUCUAGUGGCCAAACAGGUUACACUGCUGAAAGUCCCAAGUGCUGUCAGUAUGCUUUUUAUAUUUAAUGUACUCAUUAAAAAAUAAAUUCAUUUAGAAGCCUCGAGUCCACCAGAGUGACAAUUGUUCUUUCUUAGUGGCUCCCUCUUUUGGUCUGAAGCAGGGCCCCACCCCAAUAUGAUUUACAUUUACCCUAUAAGGGCAAAGGGAAAAAAAAGACAUGCUCAUCUUGUCCAAGAAGUUUACAGUUUUUCAAUAUGAUAAUGGAACUGUAUAAAAAUGCAUUUUUACUCAUUUGUCUUAGAGGGAAUCUGUCAGCACGAGACAUGGGCAGAUAGCCGAGGAAAAUAAAGGAUGCCCAUCUGUUAGCUGUGGCUAUUUAAAAAGUCAUACAAUCAUGUUUUCCUUCUAAGUAAAAGUAUCAUAGAAGCAUGCAUGCCUCUUUCCUCCCACUUCUCUCCUUGCCCUGCAUGAUUGACAUUCAGGGCUCAGUGCUGGAAGCCAAACCCAAAAUCAAUCAUGCAGAGCAGGGAGGGAUGGGAGGAGGGGAAGGCAUGCAUGUUGUACCUCAGCACCAUCUUUUUAAGCUUGGAAAGAAAACAUGACUUUAUAACGUCUAUCUCCCUAUUAGUUAUCUUCCCUUGUCUUCAGCUGUAAGCAUGAUAGAGAGCUGACAGAUGCCCUUUAAAAAGGCGGAAAUCAUUUUUAAUGAUUUAUAAUUUAUUAUUUCAUGCUGUAAGCAAUGCAGUUUUAAUUAGUUAAAUAUGUCUAAACAGAGCCUUAAAGGGGUAC